AGAAGGGGGCGUGGCUAUAGUGCAAUGACGCUUUUAGAGUGAGACACCCGGCGGACCAGCGAUGGCUUCUAUACCGCGGUCGGUGGAGGGUGAUCAGAAAGGAUCAGAAGACAGUCCUGUGGUGGAUGAUUUGACUUCAUCUCACCAUAGCUCCACUGACGAAACAGGUACAGUGAAGGGGGCUGUGGAAACGGUUUGGAUGGGAGGUCUGAUGUCACAACAGGUUGACUGUACAAAGGAUGGGGAACAGCAAACGGUUGAUACUACAGGAGAAGGGAGGGAAUUUGACAGUUUAACUGGAAGAAACAAUCAGAGAGAGCUGAAUGAAACAGGCAGUUUGAAGACUGCUUAUGUAGGUGCGCCAAACAGGGGUCUGCCAGGUCAUGCAACUAAGACCAUGGCAUUCACUCCCCCUGCUAAAACCAGUAUUGGCAGUGCUCCAGGUCGUGCAAAAAUGUCUUUGACAGGAACUGGAAAGUCACCCCCUUCUGUGCAGAGCCUGGCUAUGCGCUUGUUUACCUUUCCAGGGUCAGGUGGGCCAGGAAGAAGUUCUCCAGAAGUUGCUGAAGCUCCUGUAGCUCCGAAAGUACACCGAGCUAGGAAGACUAUGCAUAGACAAUCUGGAGGACAGGCCCGACGACUGGAAUCUUCCUUCGUAAAGACAGACAACUCUUCGUCUCCUACUAAUGACCUUCUAGAAACAGAUAACUCUGUGGCUGUUAAAAGACAAAGACUGGAUGUUUCUUCAGAUACUCUGCAAGUGAUAGACCAAGAACCUAUGACAGAAACGGUUGAGUAUACUGUUGAAGGAAGCCCAGACCCUUCCUUAAUACAGGAAUCUGGGCUUUCUCCAAGGGAGGAAGAAGAUGCUGCACAUAAUUCACCCAAUGUGGGGGUUCCUGAUCCAACAAUAACUGGUAUGGAAACACUUGGGGCAGAGCCUGAUGAAGAGCAAACUGAUCAUUUUGAGGACUGGGAAACCGAAGUUGGAGAAGAGUUUCGUUUGUUCUAUGACUAUUCAAUGGAUGAGCGAGCUGAUUCAGAUAGCAAGUCAACAGAAGAUGGUGCAGCAGAAGACAGGCUUACAGAAGGAGAUGAAGAUGAAGAGUCAGAGAACCAUUCUGAUAGAAGCUCAGGUUCAGGUGUAAGAAAGAAGGCAAAGAAAAAGUGGAAAAAUGAGAACCCCUGGAUUAAACCAACUCGUAAACGAAAGAAGAAAGGAAACCGUGCAGUCACAGGUGCCAAUGGACCAAGUCCAGUCACCAGUGAGUACACAGAGGUGCCAUUAGAGUCACUGGAGCUUCACCCUGGAGAACACCUAUCGCCCCAGCAUCCAGGCGUGUCCAAUGAUGCCAGUUCAAUGGAAACAGACAAACUGGAGGAACUGCCUCUUUGCAGCUGCCGAAUGGAAGCUCCUAAGAUUGACCGUAUCAGUGAAAUGUCUAAGAACAAAUGCAUGGCAACAGAAAGCAUUGAUGGUGAGCUGAGUGGUUGCAAUAACACUAUUGUGAAAAGAGAAACAAUGCGUCCUUCUAGCCGAGUUGCCCUGAUGGUUCUCUGUGAGCAACACCGGGCAAGAAUGGUCAAACAUCAUUGCUGUCCAGGCUGUGGCUACUUCUGUACUUCUGGAACUUUCUUAGAGUGUCAUCCAGACUACCGCAUUACCCAUCGGUUUCACCGCACCUGUGUGUCCCAACUUGGUGGGCUCCUUUUCUGCCCACACUGUGGAGAAGAUGCCUCUGAGGCUCAAGAAAUCACUGUGGCAAAAGCCGAUACCUCUAGUGCUACAGCAGUCAGUGCUCCACCUCCUUCCAGGGCAGAGGGGGAUGGACGACCAGACUCCACACAAACCAGUGCUAGGAUGCGAGGUUGUGGUGAACUUCGGAAAGGUCCUGCUCUGGUUACUCCUGACAGUAUUGAUAGCUCAGGUCCCAGUGUCGCACUCCCUUCAUCUCUCGUAUUAUCAGCCAGUGGAUUGCCCCCAGGACCUGGCAAGAUAGCUCUGGAGAGAGCACUGGUCACUCAGGAAGCAGAAAGGAGGAAGAAACUACGUUUUCAUCCAAGACAGCUUUACCCAGCUGCCAAACAGGGAGAACUACAGAAAGUUUUGCUGAUGCUGAUUGAUGGCAUUGAUCCAGGUUAUCAGACUGAUCAGCAUAGUAGAAGGACAUCUCUGCAUGCUGCAGCACAGCGAGGCUACUUAGCAGUUUGUCAUAUUUUGGUGCAGGCAGGUGCAAAUAUUGAUGCUAAAGACAAGUCUCUGAAAACUCCUCUUUUGGAAGCUAUUGCCAACAACCACCUGGAAGUUGUGCAGUAUUUGGUACAACAUGGAGCAUGUGUCUACAAUGCUGAAGAAGAUGGCUCGACUGGUCUUCAUCAUGCUGCUAAACUUGGAAAUCUGCAAAUGGUUAACCUGCUACUAGCCACUGGCCAAGUGGAAGUGAAUGCUCAGGAUAAUGGUGGUUGGACUCCUAUAAUCUGGGCUGCUGAACACAAACAUAUUGAUGUAAUACGUGCUCUUUUGGCCAGGGGAGCUGAUGUCACCCUUCAAGACAAGGAAAGGAACAUUUGUCUUCACUGGGCUUCAUUUGCUGGCAGUGCAGACAUCGCUGAGCUCCUCCUCAACGCACAGUGUGAUGUACACUCGGUCAAUCUUCAUGGAGACACUCCUCUCCAUAUUGCUGCUCGUGAAAGUUACCUUGAAUGUGUUGUGAACAGAUACAAGGGACAACCUUAUUUGAGAUGCAUUGAGUUGUUCCUAUCACGAGGAGCUAGCAUCAAUGUUAAAAACCAAGAAGGUGAUACACCUCUGGACCUUACAAUGGCCAACACACCUGUGUGGUUCGCAUUGCAGUUAAACAAACGACUUCAUCAGGGUAUAGCCAAUCGGUCUGUACGGACAGAGCGGAUUAUCUGUAGAGAUGUGGCACAGGGCUAUGAGAAUGUCCCUAUACCCUGUGUGAAUGGAGUGGAUGAAGAACCCUGUCCCACAGACUACAAGUAUAUCUCUGAAAACUGUGAGACAUCAGCAAUGAACAUUGAUCGAAAUAUAACUCACUUACAGCACUGCAAUUGUGUGGAUGACUGCUCUUCAAGCAACUGCCUCUGUGGUCAGCUUAGUAUUCGCUGUUGGUAUGACAAGGACCGACGCUUACUGCAAGAAUUCAACAAAAUUGAACCUCCCCUGAUAUUUGAGUGUAAUCAAGCCUGCUCCUGUUGGCGAACUUGUAAAAACAGAGUGGUGCAAGCUGGAAUCAAGGUUCGACUACAACUCUAUCGUACUGCCAAGAUGGGCUGGGGUGUACGAGCACUUCAAGACAUACCUCAGGGGACAUUCAUCUGCGAAUAUGUUGGGGAGCUGAUUUCUGAUGCAGAAGCAGAUGUCAGAGAAGAUGACUCUUAUCUUUUUGAUCUUGACAACAAGGAUGGAGAGGUGUACUGUAUUGAUGCUCGCUAUUAUGGAAAUAUAAGCCGCUUUAUCAACCACCUUUGUGAUCCCAAUAUCAUCCCAGUCCGUGUAUUUAUGCUGCACCAAGACCUACGGUUUCCACGCAUUGCAUUCUUCAGUAGUCGUGACAUCCAAGCUGGGCAGGAGCUCGGCUUUGACUAUGGAGAUCGUUUUUGGGACAUUAAAAGCAAGUACUUCACCUGUCAGUGUGGAUCAGAAAAAUGCAAACACUCUGCAGAAGCCAUUGCCCAGGAACAGAGCAGACUGGCCCGUCUGGAUGCCUUCCAAGAAACUGUGCCUGAUUCUGGGGUUCCUGCCCUGGGAACUUCUUGAGGCUUCAAGCUUUGGUCUACCACGUAGGCCUCGCUUGAGGAGUUUUUUUUUUU